AUGGCAUACAAGGCCGAAUAUAAGACCACCUUCGAGCCUGGACGUGUCAUUCAGCCUAUCUAUACCGGAGGAAGUGUCGCCCUUAGCCAGGAUGGUCGCAUUCUCGCAUCGUGCUUGGGAGAGGAUGCUCUGCUGAGUGAUCUUGCUACCGGUGAACAUCUGGCUAGAAUCGAAGGUGACGGUGAAUCCAUUACCACUCUUGCCAUGACCCCCGAUGCAAAGUACCUGGUCCUGUGUUCGCGAAACCUUUCCAUGCGCAUCUUCUCCCUGAGGACGUCUCCCACCGCCGAUCGAUCCAUAGAUGCCACUCUCCUCAGAACGCUCAAGCCGCAUACCGCUCCAGUCGUUGUCGCAGCAGUCGAUCCUACCUCUACUCUUCUGGCAACUGGUGGUGCUGAUGGUAUUGUCAAAGUUUGGGAUAUCAAGGGAGGCUUCACAACACACACUUUCCACGGCCACAGCGGCAUCAUCUCUGCCCUUCAUUUCUUCCACGUCGACACAACAGCAUCCCCCACCGAGAACAAGUCGCGCAAGCGAAAGAGCAGGUCAGGUGACGAGGACGCUGCCGAUGCAACCGCUGGUUACCGUCUAGCAUCAGGAGGCGAAGAUGGAAAAGUCAGAAUUUGGGAUCUUCACAAGCGCAAGCCUGUUGCCACUCUGGACUCGCAUGUUUCGGUUGUUCGCAGUCUGGACUUCUCUUCUGAGCGUCAACUUCUUCUGUCUGCCAGUAGAGACAAGACGGUCAUCACCUGGGAUGCAAAGACAUGGCAGUCCAAGUUGACUGCGCCCAUUCUGGAGACUGUCGAAAGAGCAGGCUUCGUCGCAAACGGCGAUUUCUUCUUUACUGGUGGAGAGAAUGCAAGAGUUCGUAUUUGGGACAUGGCAGGCCAUGAGAGGACCGAAGAGCAGGAGCCUGGAGUGGAAACCGAGGCCAUCCUAGACAUUAUCCACCAUUCCGAUCUCCCUUUCUUGCUCUCUGUCCACGUUGAUCAAACACUGGUUCUGCACUCACUGGAGCCACUCAUUCAGACAAAUGUGGAUGUCACAAUCCCUCCGCUCCCCAUCAUCCGCCGCAUCUCCGGUACGCACGACGAGAUUAUCGACAUGGCCUACGUAGGCACAGACAACUCGAUGCUUGCCUUGGCUACCAACUUGGAAGAUAUUCGCCUGAUCACUCUCAACACCGAAAGCAAGAACGAAGGUUCAAGCAUUGCAGAUGCCGCGUACUUUGGUGCCGAUGUAGCUCUUCUCAAGGGUCAUACCGAUAUCAUCAUCACCAUUGACACAGACUGGUCAGGCCACUGGCUCGCAACUGGUGCCAAGGACAACACUGCGAAACUCUGGCGUUUGGAUCCUGCAAACAACUCGUACACUUGCUAUGCUACCUUCACUGGUCAUGCUGAGUCUAUCAGCGCUGUUGCCCUUCCCCAUGCCAUCCCUGUCGUUGGCUCAAAUGCUCACAGCAAGCCCCUUGAGCACCCGCCGACAUACCUCAUUACUGGCAGUCAAGAUAAGACCAUCAAGCGCUGGGAUAUUAGCUCAGGCAAGUCAGGCUUAGAGGCGAAGGCUGUUCGCGCAACCUAUACACGCAAGGCUCAUGACAAGGAUAUCAACGCUAUCGACACGUCUUACGCUCAACAAGGUACUCUCUUCGCUUCAGCUUCUCAGGACCGCACAGUAAAGAUCUGGGACUUGGAGACCGGUGAGUCUGUUGGUGUGCUUCGUGGUCACAAGCGUGGUGUCUGGUCUGUAGCGUUCGCUCCUCCUGGUACACCAGCCAUUGCAGGCGAUUCUGGAUCUAGCAGCGGGACAAGAGGCAUGGCUGUUACUGGAAGUGGUGAUAAGACCGUCAAGAUCUGGAGCUUGAACGACUACUCAUGUCUGAGAACAUUCGAAGGCCAUACCAACAGUAUCCUGAAAGUCAUCUGGCUUCCUGUUUCCAAGAACCCAGGAAAGCGUGGCGAACGUAACUUGCAAGUUGCCAGUGCAGCAGGCGAUGGUCUUGUCAAGGUUUGGGAUGCUCAGAGCGGUGAGUGCGCUGCUACCCUGGACAACCACAUUGACAGAGUCUGGGCUCUGGCUGUCAAGUCUAACCGAUCUGGAACUGCCAAGGCUACCUCGACAGAGGACGAUGAGGAAGCACCUGAACCUCCUGUUGAGCUCAUCUCCGGUUCUGCAGAUGCCACUCUUACGUUCUGGACUGACACCACUUUGAUGACAUCGCAAGCUUCGGCAUCUCGUGCUACGGCUCGUGUGGAGCAAGACCAGGAGUUGCAAAAUCACAUCUACGCCAAGAACUACCGCGAAGCCAUCGUGCUAGCUCUGCAACUCAAUCAUCCUAAGCGCCUACUCGAUCUUUUCACUCGUGUUCUUGAGUCAGAGGACAAGGACGAAGACAGUUUGACUGGUGCGAAGGGCGUUGACGAGGUUUUGGGCUCAUUGUCGGAAGAGCAGCUUUGGAAGCUUCUGCUCAGAUGCCGCGACUGGAACGCCAACGCUCGAACAGCCCAUGUCAGUCAACGCAUCCUCUACACACUCUUCCGCUUGUACCCCAAGGAGAAGUUCGUCCAGCUUAGGCGAAAGAGAGCACCCAAGCCACCCGACAAGGUCAAGAAGAAUGAAAACGUCAAGGAUGUGUUGGAGGGCCUCAAGGCAUAUACUGAACGACAUUACGGACGUCUAGAAAAGAUGGCAGAGGAGAGAUGGGUUUUGCUCUGGACUCUGCAGCAGAUGGAUUCAUGA